UGCCAUGGCCCAGCGGCCAGCCAGUGCUCGUUUCCAGAAGCACCCGCGAGCUUCCACCGCCUUCCUCCCGUGCUUCUUUCUCGAGCGAUCAGACCAACCGCCUUCCACAGCGACUCAGCGAGAGAGAGAGAGAGAGAGAGGGGACGACGACGGCGACGAUGAGGGGUUGGCGAGAGGAGGUGGUGGCGCUGUCGCUGCGCGGGUACGGCAACGAGGAGGACGACCGGCCGGAGAAGCCGCGGCGGUACGGGGUGACGGAGAUGCGGAGCCCCUUCUACUCCUUGCGCCCCGCCAACCAGCCAACCAGGCGCUCCAGGAAAUAUUGGAUUCUCUUGGUCCUUUUGUUGACAGUUUGAAGUUUUCUGGUGGAUGCCAUAGUUUGAUGGGAAAAGAAUUGAUCAGAGAGAUUACUGAUUUAGCACAUAAGCAUGACAUAUACGUGAGCACAGGUGACUGGGCAGAACAUCUUUUACGUCAAGGACCCUCUUCUUUCAAGCAAUAUGUGGAGGAAUGCAAGGCCUUAGGGUUUGACACAAUUGAGCUGAAUGCUGGAUCUCUCAAGCUCCCUGAAGAAUCUCUCCUGAGAUUGGUCCGCCUCAUCAAGAGUAGCGGUCUGAGGGCAAAGCCACUGUUUUCGGUGAAGUUUGACAGUUCUGAUAUUCCUGCAUCUGGUGAUAGGGCGUUUGGGGCGUACAUAGCUCCAGUCAAGGAGCGGAGCUCAGAAAGAAUCGAAGAUGUUGACCUGUUGAUUAGGAGGGCAGAGAGAUGCUUGGAAGCUGGGGCAGAUAUGAUCAUGAUCGAUGCUGAUGAUGUCUGCCAGCAUGCUGACUCCCUAAGGGCAGACAUCGUUGCAAAGAUCAUAGGCCGGCUCGGGCUCGAGAAAACCAUGUUCGAAGCUUCGAACCCCAGCACAUCCGAGUGGUUCGUCAAACGAUACGGCCCAAGGGUGAAUCUCUUCGUCGACCACUCGGAUGUGAUGAAUCUGGAGCGCCUCCGGGGGUUCAACAUGCGCAGAAGCAACCCUUCCUCCCGUUUCGCCUCACCCUUCUUCCUGAUGUAGCGAGCUUUUCCUUGAUCCCGGAGCUGAGACGGUUCCAGUGUCCAUGGAGUCAUAGCUCCGCGCCUCUGGCCGUGCAGCUUUUUAUGGCCUCAGUGUAACUACUAGCGACCAAUGUGCUAGCAUGUGUUGUGUUAUAAACAACUGCUGUAAUAAUUGGUUCUAUAUGCAACAGUUUGUGUUCGUCUUGCUA